AUGCCAUUCAUAUUUAAAUAUUUUAAUUCUGAUGGAAGAUUUGUUAACGUUCACAUAACAUCUCAUCCACUUUUACCACGUUCAGUAUAUCAACAAGGUCGUAAAAUAGGUAUAGUUUACUAUUGUGAUGAACCUGAUGAAGAUUUUUUAAACAAGAUAUCAGAAUUGGAUUUAUUCGAUUCCUAUCGUUUUUGGCUUAUAAUAAAACCGGAAAUGAUGAAGAGUAAAAGAAGGAUAGAAGAUAUAUUGGGGGGAUUAAAUUUGGGUGUUAAUACAAAUAUGGUGUUGGGAAAAGAAGAGAGACGUGUAUCAACGGUGGAUGCUGCCGUUACAAAUAACGUAACACGUUUAAGAAGAGAAUUAACUGGGGAUCCAACGAUAACAUUUCGUCUUUUACAAAUUUACAAAGCGUCCAAAACGGAAAAUGAAACACUCAACGUGGAUUUGGGAUACUGGGACACGCCAAACGAAUUAUAUAAAAUAAAAAAAAUAAUAAACGAAGAACAAAGAUUAAAUUUGGGAGGUUAUAAAUUUCACGUGGGUAUUAAAAAUGGACAUGAUUCAUCCCCAUCAUCCCCAUCGUCUCCAUCAUCGAAUUUUUUUAAUAAUUUUCCAAUCGAUGGUAAAGCAUACGAAGAAAAAACAUUUAUGGAAUUAUUCGAUUGUUUAAUUUACGGUAUAAAUGCGAGUUUUGAAAUUGUUAAGUUUCAAAGAAUGGGAUGGAGAAAUGAAGAAGGAGGAUGGACUCAUCUUUUAGGUGGUGUCGUUGAUGAUACGAUAGAUUUUGCAUUGGAAACUGUUGAUUUACAAAGUGACGUUUCCGGUGACAUCACUCAACUUGUUUUUUGCGUUGUAUGCACCGGACUAUUACUAGCUCUUGCAAUGAUUUCAAUCACUUUAGUUCAUUAUAAAAUAAAUAACGAUGGUGUGGCCCAUCCUGACCCUGAGAAUAAUGAAAAAAUAAAUAAAAAUAUAAAAGAGAAAAAAAAAAAAUGGAGUAUAAGCGAUGCAAUUUUAUGGUGCAUAAGUAUCUUAUUCAUGCAAGGGAGUCAAUGGUCCCCAAAAACAAUGUCGGGUAAUUUAUUACUCAUAAAUGGCCUUUUAUUUGCACUUAUUAUAUACAAUUCGUUUGCUGCAUUCAUAACAUCCGUUUUAUCCGUUAAUAGUGACGAAAUAAAAGAUUUAAAAGAUUUAAUAAAUAGCGAUUAUGCAUUCGGUUACACACUUGGAAAUUCUGACGAAUUGUUUUUAAGGACAGUUAAUAAUACUCAUCUCAAAGAAUUAUAUUUCAAAGGUUUAAAAGAAAAUGAUGGAGUAUCGAAUCCGAUGGAGGGUAUGCAUCGUGCAGCAGAAGAAAAAUAUGCAUUUUUCGUUGGUGCAAGAACGGGGAGACGAGCACUUAAAACUGUCGUUCCACAUAGGAAAAGAUGCCAAUUUCAAGAACUUUAUCUCGAGUUGACAAAAAAUCACGGAUCAAUACCCGUGUCGAAAAAUUCACUGUUGAAAAAAAUGUUAAAUUAUAAAAUAAUACGUUUGAUGGAAACUGGAAUAUUACGAAGAUUUCAAGAAUUGAUGUUAUUAUCAAUGCCGAGUUGUUUGGAGGGUACGACAUUCAAUAGUGCCAAAUUAACAGAUGUUUAUUCUGCUUUUUUCCUACUCGGUGGUGGUAUUAUAACAUCACUCAUAGUCCUAACAGAAAAAAAAAUGACAAAACCAUAA